CUUCCUUUCAGGUGUUAGGUGUUGCUUUCGCGGCGCGCACAAUCGAGGCGGAGCAACGGGCAAGGAUGCCGCUACCAAGACAGAUUCCGGCCGUCUUCUACCGGGGCGGGACAAGCCGGGGACUGCUGUUCAAGGACUCGCACCUGGCAUGCUACGAUGCCAAGACACGGGAUCGGAUACUGUGCGCUGCCAUGGGCUCGCCCGACCCAGAUGGCCGGCAGAUCGACGGACUGGGCGGCGGCGCGUCGUCGCUGUCCAAGAUUGCAGUCGUCUCGCCUUCAUCGCCGUCAUCGUUUGCAGACCAGGCGCGGCGCCUCGGCCACGCAUUCGCCGGCGUGGACGCGCAGUGGUCCGCCGAAGGCGGCGAGGACAGGGCCGCGAAGAUCUCAGACGUCGUGUACAGGUUCGGCCAAGUGCCCAUCAAUGACGGCACCAAUGUCGACUGGGGCAGUACAUGCGGCAACAUGGUCGCCGCCGUCGCGCACUUUGCGGUCCAGGAGCAGCUCCUGAAAGCGAGCAGCGGCGAAGCAGAGGUAGCGAGCGAGAAGGGUACGUUGCCGGUCAGGAUCCUCGCGCACGAUUCCGGAAAGGUCGUCCGGGCGCAUGUGCCCGUGCUGCAGCACGACGGCAGAUGGCUGCCCGCCGCCGAGGGGCAGGCUCAGAUCUCGGGCGUUCCGGGCACGCACCCGGGCAUUCUCAUCGAGAGUCCACUGGAAGGGAGCGUGCUCAGCACGGGAAAUGCCCUCGAUCAUGUCGAGGUAGAUGGAGAGACUAUCCCAAUCAGCAUUGUCGACACGGGAUUGCCCGUCAUCUUCGUCUCCGCCCUCGACCUCUCCAUUCCGUUGUCCGACCUCGUCCAGCACCCCGCCGCAAUCGACUCCAAUCGAGCCUUGAUGGACCGCCUCGAACGGAUCCGGUUUCAGGCGAGCCAGCUCACUCCAGACCUCGCAUCCAAAUUCAGCCCACCGGCGCCAAAAAUCUGCGUCGUGCACCCUGCAGCGUCUUACAAGACGACGGGCGGGCAGGAAGUCACGGCGGACGAGACGGACCUUUUGGCAAGGACCGUGUCUGUGCACCAGCUCCAUCGCACGAUCCCGGCCACGACACUCUCGGCACUCGCUGCGGCACGCUGCUUUGCCGACAGCGUCGUCUCUCGCACCGUCUCGCCGGCCCUGUCUCCGAUGACGAAAAAGGCAACAGAAGAGGCGGGUGGUGGCGACGAUGUGAGAGCGAUCACGAUUGGACAGCCCGCGGGGGCGUCGAGCGCAAGCGUGCAGACAGAUGAAGGGGGACAACCACGGGCAAUUGUCAUGCUCAGAACGGCCAGACGGAUCAUGCAAGGAGAGGUCCUCGUCCCGGGAGACUGUCUGCCACAUCCUGACCUCGCUUCACUUGAUCAUUAUAGAUAAUUGGAGUUGCUAGAAGCAUUAUUGUGCA